AUGUCGUCCCCUGGGCCUAAUAUGAACAGUUCUCAAGCGGAGAUUUCGGCCUAUGAACAAACUCCGACCACGACCUCUCCACCAAUGCCGUCAAAUACGGCUACGCCUGAUGUAGAAAUGGAAGAUCCAGGAGAACAAGUCGAACAGAAUGAAGACCAUAAUGAACCAGAAGCUGAAAACGCAGAUAUUGAUGAAGAUAAAAACGAAAAUGCUGAAAAUGACAUCGACGAUAAUGAAGAGAACGAUCUUGAGAUUGAAACUGAGGACGAGCAGUUGCUUACCUUACCAAUAGCCAAAAUCAAGAGAAUCUUCAAAUUGGAUCCAGACUAUGUUUCUGCUUCUCAGAGUGCAGUAUAUGCUACUGGUUUAGCAACUGAGCUUUUUAUCCAGUAUUUCACAGAACAGGCCAGUUUGUUGGCGAAAAUGGACAAGAGAAAGAAAAUUCAGUAUAGGGACUUCUCGACUUCUGUUGCCAGUCAUGAUGCCUUGGCUUUCUUGCUGGAUACUGUUCCUCGAACUCAACCCAUCGGAGAGUUGAUUCAGAAGAAACAAGUCAAUUUGCUCGAAACCGAGGAAAUCCUUUCUGUGGUUAAUCCAGAAGCAUCUUCUGCAGCUAUAGGAAACUCGUCUGCUGCAGUUCCCACGUCUACUUCUACGGAUGCUGUGGUAGCAGAUGCCUCUAAUAAUGUAAAUAGAGAGGCACCAGUAGUAAAAGUCAAGUCGUUGCCCAAAGGUCAGCAAACACUCGAUUUUGCCGUUGCUCGUCCUUUCAAGAAGGCCGUAAUACACGACUUGAUGUCCAAUGACGAUUCGAGUACAUCACAGUCAAACUCGGAUGACGUUGUCAUUCUUUGA